UGUGUGUAGUUCUCACUCUGCUCCUCAGAUAUAGAGAGAGAAAGAAGUGCGUGAGUGUAUGAAUUAAUUUUUCUUCCAUUUAUUUUAUUUUUUGGCAGAAUUUGCAUGACAUUCGGUUGAAAAAGGACCUCAAGCUCACUUUUUUGUGCUUCUUCUUCUUCUUCCAUUUCUCGUCAGGUAAAGCUCAAGUAAGAGACGAAUUAUAGUAGCAUUCACACCAUGUUUCGUCGCAAGAACCACUCUAAUAGUGAACAGGGGGUUGAGGACCAGCAGCUCAAGGUUAAGGAGCUUAGGGCUUCCCUGGGGCAACUCUCAGGGCGCAGCGCACAGUUCUGCACUGAUGCAUGUUUAAAAAGGUAUUUGGAAGCACGGAACUGGAAUGUAGAUAAAGCAAAGAAGAUGUUGGAGGAGACGCUUAAAUGGAGAUUAUCGUUUAAACCUGAAGAAAUUCGCUGGAAUGAAGUAGCGAAAGAAGGUGAGACUGGGAAGGUGUUUAAAGCAAAUUUUCGUGACCGCCAUGGCAGGACAGUCCUAAUAUUGCGGCCAGGAAUGCAGAACACAGCAGCACUAGACAACCAGAUGAAGCAUUUGGUGUAUCUAAUCGAGAAUGCCAUUUUUAAUCUGCCAGAAGGUCAAGAACAGAUGGCCUGGUUAAUUGACUACACUGGAUGGUCUAUAACCAAUAAUGUUCCUGUAAAAUCUGCUCGCGAGACCAUCAAUAUUUUGCAAAACCACUACCCUGAGAGACUCGCUGCAGCACUUUUGUACAAUCCACCGCGACUUUUUGAAACAUUUUGGAGGAUUGUCAAAUACUUUAUGGAUCCCAAAACAUUUCAAAAGGUCAAGUUUGUGUAUCCAAAGAACAAGGAUAGCGCGGAACUGAUGAAGUCAUACUUCGACGUGGAUAAUCUUCCUACUGAGUUUGGAGGAACAGCGACGACACUGAAUUAUGAUCACGAGGAGUUCUCAAGGCAAAUGGCUCAAGAUGAUGUGAAGGUCGCCAAGUUUUGGGGUAAGGACAAACACCCCCCUGGUCCCGGUGGCAAUGAUAGUUACUCUGCAGUAGAAGUUGCUCCAGAACCUUAAUCUCUUACUCUACCAGCCACUGCCUGAGCUUAAAUGAUUGCUCCACUGACAAAGUUCAGUCUCUUAUAUGCCUAACUAAGUUUAAAUAAAUAACGAGGAAUGUAAGAUCAUGUUCUCAGACAUUAGCUUAUUUCAGAUGAACUUUGAUUGUAGGUUGUAUUUUGAUUUAUGCAGAAAUCAGAAAGUACUAAAUUUUUAAGCCUUC